AACCGCACCAUUUACGUAAAGAGAUAAUUUUGUUUUUGUUUUGUUUUUGUUUUUAGACAGACGGUAUUCAUAAUAAGGAUAAAUUAAGUCCGUCUCAUACUAGUCGAGGUAACUGAAAUACACUUACAGAUCAGGGUCUUAGCUAGGAUUUUAGAUCUUGGGCGUGUUUCUAAGUGACCAGGGUGUGUACAUGUCAAUUACCUUGAAUAGCCAAAUUCAUGGUUCUACAACAACGGACAAUGCCUGUGGUUGUUCUAUGCUUUGCAACCAAAUACAAGGCGAGCAUAUACUCAUAUUGCGCACUGACAUUAAAAUAUUAAGUUAUUUCAGCAACUCUUGGGUGUAUUUAAAACCACUUUAACACCUUUCGGUUCCCAUUGUCCAUCAAAACAUUACAAUAUCACGCAUCACUUUUGCCAAUUUCAACAACAACAAUAGAUUUUACAAACUUUCUUAUGACGUAAAUAGAAAGAAAUUCUGUCUGUUGUAAGUAGCACCAUCUUAUUUUAUGUACCUACACAGCCUUAUAUAAAUAAUGAAGCCGCGUUCAUUUUAUCUAGCCGUGUUUUUCCAUUUUUGGCCGCGAUAACACGGCCAACACGGCCCUCUAGCUAUGACCCUGUUACAGAUGCAAUGUAGAUGAGGGUGGUAAUCGCACCAUCAAAUCUAUUUUUGGAAAAGGCGAAUGUUACAUUUGUGCUUGUUUUGUUAGUUUGAACCUUUGGUCAGUUUGGUGCUCUGGCUAAGCUCCAUCCUCUUCUUUAAAUUCGGUGGAAUAAGGCUCGUGCAAUACACCCUCCCGGAAAAUACGUCACCUUGGCUAUAAAGACUUGCUUUCGUGAUUGAGAGAUUAGAAUUUAACUAAUGUCACACACGAAAACGCGGCUUUAUCGCCAAUGCAAUGCCAGUAUUCAUGCAUGCACGAUAUUAAGAAAUAAAUUGAAUGGGUUCUAUUUCGUUGCUCCAGAAAUGUUUUCAGAGGCUACAAAGAUUUUAAAAGCGGAAUAUCUAGUAAAGGCGAUCAGACAACAUAGAAUGGAUCAAGCAAUUAUUUUCUGUAGGACGAAGUUAGACUGUGAUAAUAUUGAAAAUUAUUUAUUGACUCUUGGAGGAGGUUUGUGUUUCAUCUUACUAAAUAUAUCUAUACCAGAGCUUAUACUGUAGCUUUAUUAGUUUAAACUGUUUUCCCUAUAAGAGAUCCAGUGCAGUAAGAGGCAUUCCUUGCAUCUUGGAUGAAAGCACUCGCAGCAAACUUGCGAGUUGACUCUUGCGAUGAGUGCAAAAGAGCUUUAUCCAGUGUUACCAUUGGGGGAAACCUAAACUAACUUCAUUUAUACUGGAUAAAACACACUUCAAAUAUUAACAUCUUGUAAACUUAAGGUUUGUUUCCAAACUCAGGGCUGCAAAUUACUGUCGGACAUCGGACAAUGUCCGACUAAAUUUGGCAAAUGUCCGAGCAAAAGUAAUUUUGAUCGGACAUUGGUUCGAUCGCAAUAAAAAGUCACAUUAUACAUUUUUUUGCUGUGACAAAAUCCGAUUGCAAAUUCACUCAAUUUGUAUUUUGCAAUAAAAUUUACGAGGCGUUCUAGCAUUUAAUUUUACUUAACAUUGCGUCGGAAUGGCAUACAUACUUAUCUUGUGACUUAUAUAUAUCUUGUGACGUAUGUAUGUCCGACCAAAUUUAGUGAUGUUGAUUUUUGUCCGACCAAAUUCAAGUUAUGUCCGACCAAAAUUAAAAGUGAUCGGACAAAUGUCCUGUCAAGUCAAAUAUUUAUUUGCAGCCCUGAAACUUAAGCACUGAGUUAUUUUUAAAAACAAGACAACAAACUUGAAUUUUGAUGUUUGUGAUGUUACUGUGAGUGUGCAUCCACACUGGACAAGCUGAAAAGUUUGCCUGACCACGCUGGGAGUCGAACCCGUGACCUUUGGGAUACAAGAUAGCGGACAGAUCACUGAUUUGUGAUGAUUUUUGUCAAAAUAUUUCGAUAACUAAGCAAUAUUUGAAGAAGCUGUUAAAAACUUUUCCAUAUAAUUUUAAAUGAAGAAGUAAUUUUUUAUUACCAUAUCUCUUUAAAGCUCUCUGGUGAUUGUAUGCGAUUUCGUUCUCCAGGUAAUCGAGCGAUGGUGAACGAGUUUUCAUGUGUCUGUCUCCAUAGCGACAGAUCCGUACAUGAACGACGUGAAAACCUUACGAAAUUCAAGGUAAAAAUACUUAUUUAUACUUUCCCAUUAUUUUUAUUCCCCACUACCUUUCUCCAAAAGAGUUUUUCCGCGGUAAUUCCUAAUAAAAGACAAUAGACUGUAAUAUUAACGGCUUAUUGAUCUCGCUUGUUCGGUCUGUACUGUGAAAUAUCAGACCGAGUUUUUUUAGUAUGGACCGAGCGACGAAAGAGCGAGGUCCAUGCAAAAAAACAGAGGUCUGAUAUUUCACAGUGCAGACCGAACAAGCGAGGUCAAUAAUCGGUUUAUUAUUUGGCUGAACUGAGUCUGUGAGCAUAUGCUUUUCGCGCGAAUUAAAUCGCCUUUAAUGACACACAAUUGGAAAAUUAAAAAGCAAAAGAUUUUUCUGUUUGCAAAGCAAAAAUGUCCCGCCAGAUAAACGACAUCCGGUCAAAAUAUGGUCCGGAUAUGGGUCUUUACGGACCGCUUGUCAACCAAUCACAAUAGAGAAUUUUGAAAAUCCAUAUAAUAAUACUGUUCAUUUCAGGAAGGUGAAGUAAGAUUUUUAAUAUGUACUGAUGUGGCUGCAAGAGGAAUUGAUGUUCAAAGCAUUCCUUUUGGUGAGUUACUUUUUUAAUUUGUUCUGAUAAACUAAACAAAAAUAACUUAUACAAAAAUAAAUAUCGAGAUUUUUGGCCAUCUCGCUCUAGUUCUAUCAAUAGACUUUACGUUGUUUAUUGCACUUUAAGCGAGACUUUUUUUAAUUCUUUGGUUUACGGAUCCGCCGACCGUACAUAUUCAGAAAGUAAAAAAUAAAAAAAUUUGGGAUGUCAACAAUUUUACGCUUUUAGUUAAAUUCAGUUAAUUUGGUGGUUCUGACAUGAAGUACACGCCAUGUAAACUUUGCUUCUAAGUACUGCUGGCUCAUGUUAUCGUUGUGACAAUCCAUAUGGAGAUUAGCCAUGUUUUCCAAGUAGAAGUUUAAUGUUUAGAAGAUAAAAGCAUCGAUUUUAAAUAUGCUCAGUGUGUUUUUUAAAUUUUUUUUCCGACCUGUUUUUUUAAAGUCAAAUUUGUAAACCAAUAAAUAAAAAAGUCUCGCCUUAGCUACAAUACCUCGGAUCCCCUAUCAAAUGGACAAAAGCGUGUUGGGAAAUCCGAUCACCAAUGAGUGAGGAACUCGAUAAACUCCAACACAAUAAACCACUUAGCUUCACUAAGCUUAAUACACAAGUGUGUCUCAAAAUACAUAUAUGAGAGUGAUUAACAUAUUUUGCUUUUGUUACAUACUUUGCAGUUGUAAAUGUGACGUUUCCUGAUGAUAAACAGAAUUAUAUUCAUAGAAUUGGGCGAGUGGGACGUGCAGACAGGUGGGUUAGGGCG